GGGAAUUUUACCACAAUCAGGGAAAAAUGAAAUUCGUUGGAUAUAAAAUAUAAAAGUUUUUAGCCUUCCAGGUUUUAUGUGUACAUUUACUUCAGUGUAUGUUGUUUGUUUUUGUCUGUGAAAAUGGCGCGAAAGUAGAAGUCUUUUACUUUCGUGCAGUUUUUGCCAACUCCGUGUUAAGCCGUUAUUUAUCAGAUACCAUCAUCUCGAGCACCAGUUUGACAAUUGUUGAAUGCAACUGACAGCUGAUAUAUUUGCGCUUUCCGAGCACAGCCAGUAAGAUAGGCGAUGUCACGGGGCUGUUUUUUCGACCAUUUGAAAGAUGUGUUUGCGUAAGAAGAAAUAGAACUGCAAGAAUUUAAGUUUGAAUUUCGUUCAACGGAAGCGACUGUUGGUGCUCGUAGGCAGAAACAGAACUGCAAAAAUUUAAGUUUGAAUUUCAUUUAAUGGAAGUGAUUGUUGAUGCUCGCUUUGUGUUAAAGUUGAGGUGGGUGAGCCAAUUUUAUAAUCGGUGAAUACAGUAAAAUAAUUUAUUCAUUAUUUUAGCAGAGAGGUACGAUAAAAUCAUAAGGUUGUCUGGCAUUCUUCCCCGACUAUCAACUGAAGCGAAGGUGUAGUGUACUGACAAUUUACAGUGACCUUUUUUACUGAUAAUUAUUAUCUUUAUCAUAGGAAAUCCAGUAGAACUUAGUUCGAAAUGGCAAGCAAAACCACGUUCCAAGGCGUUUGGUUGCAUGACCCGGAGUUUUCAUCAUGGUUGAAACGAAUUGACACUAAGCUAGGAUGCGCAUACUGUUCUGUAUGUUCCUGUGAAAUAGUUCUCAGCAACAUGGGCAAACAGGCUCUCAAAAGUCAUAUGAAAUCAAAGAAGCAUAGUCAACGAACCACAGCCGGAAAUAUUUUCAAAUAUCUAAUGAGUGAUUCACACCAAACGUUCGAACCAGGCACUUCCAAGAAUAUCGGAUUCAGUUGUGCUAGAAAUGAUCAUCCACCUGUGGAAUCAGUACCUACUGUUGCGAUUCCUUCAGUUUCCUCUGCGAGCAUUCUACCUCCUUCGAAAACUAUCGAUAAAUUCAUGCUGAAAAACGAUACCAUCAAAGCUGAGAUCCUGUGGUGUUUGGAAACAGUUAUGUGUCACAAAUCACUCCGCACAGCUGAAAAGGACAUGGUAGUAUUGAGAACAAUGUUUCAUGAUAGCCAGAUUGCUGAGAAGGUUCAACUAGGCCGUGAUAAAAUGAGCUACAUGAUGCUGUUUGGCAUUGCCCCCUAUUAUAAAUCUGAGCUCGAUAAAACUCUGCAUAAUACAAACUGCAUUGUCGUUGGUUUUGACGAGUCCUUAAAUAAGACUACAAAAAAGCAGCAAAUGGAUCUAAAUGUCAGAUUUUGGGAUGAAGAAAAGAAGGAGGUGGUAACUCGUUACAUGACCUCAAUGUUCUUGGGACGAUCUCGAGCAACAGAUUUACAUGCAGCUUUUAAAGAAGGCCUGGGAAAUAUCCCUUUAAACAAGCUUCUUCAGGUGUCGAUGGAUGGUCCCAACGUGAAUUGGUCAUUUUUACGCGAGCUGAAAAUGGACUUUGAACAUGGAGAAGAAAGGCUCUUGGAUUUAGGUAGCUGCGGAUUGCAUAUUUUGCACGGUGCAUUCAAGGAAGGUGUUCGCUGCUCUGGAUGGAAUGUUACGAAGUACCUGCGAGGCAUCUAUCACAUCUUCAAAGAUGUUCCAGCACGACGCGCUUUAUUCACAUCGUAUUCGGGAAGUGCUGUGUAUCCACUGAAGUUUUGCGCUCACAGAUGGUUGGAAAACAUUAACGUAGCACAAAGAGCUGUGGAGAUUACUCCUCAUAUAAGGAAGUUCGUUGAGGGUGUUCAGAAUGACAAAAUUGAACCAAAAUCAGAUUCGUACGUCGAUGUAGUUGAGUGUCUAAAAGAUCCUCUACUGUUGGCUAAGUUGACCUUUUUCAAAUCCGUUGCCGCUGAAGUAGAACCAUUUUUGCGCGAGUUCCAAACGGAUAAUCCCAUGGUGCCAUUUUUGUAUAACAAUUUGAGUCAAAUGGCUAGAAGUAUAUUGGGAAGAUUCAUGCAGAUCGAUCAGCUAAAGAACAUCACUCAGGUAACAAUAGAAGAGAUCAAUGAAGCCAAGAAUCAUUUACCAAUGAAAGAGAUUGUAUUGGGUUUUGAAACAAGAAAAGUUUUAAAAAACUCGUCAAAAUUGACCCAAAAACAAAUUCUGCAAUUUCGUCUGGAAUGCAAAGGAUUUUUGAAAGCACUGAUUCUAAAGCUUAUGAAGCGAUCGCCAUUGACGUAUCCUGUGACGAAAGCCGCAUCCUCUCUUGACCCUUCAGUCAUUGAUUCCGAUCAAAAAUUGGCUGGAAAACGAUUCGAAAAGCUUUUAACUAUAUUGAUGGAUUUUGGUCGUAUCAGUGGAGCUUCAGCAGACUUGGCACUGAAACAAUAUUUAAAAUUAGUUGGUAGCAACAAAAGCAACAAGUUUGCCUACUAUGAUCGGAAAAAUGAACGACUGGACCAUUUCUGGAAGGGAUUGCUAUCGGGGGAUGAGUUUAUGGAACUUUUUACCAUCGUAAAAAUGAUCUGCUGUCUCUCGCAUGGAAACGCCAACCUUGAGAGGGGCUUUUCCAUUAACGCUGAAUGUCUUUUUGAAAACAUGCGUGAGGAAUCGGUUGUUGCUAAGCGACAAAUUUAUGACGCUGUAUUUCACGCUGGAGAGAUAGCAUCAAUACAAAUUUCGAACCAGCUAAUUCAACGAGUUCGAAAUUCUCACUCCCUUUAUAUAGAAGACAAGGAACGCCGUAAGAAAGAAGAUCUUGCGUCAAAUGCGUCAAAGAUGAUGAAACGUCAACGAGAAGCAGAAGCGAAAUCUUUAGAGAUCAAACGGAGUAAAAUUUUGGAAAACGCACAGAAGGAAGCCGAAAGUUUGCAAGAAAAAAUCGCUUUGUUGAAAUCAACUGUUUUGUAAAACUCAUCCGAAUCAAAAUAAAUAAAAUUUUCUGCUGUAUUAGUAUUUAAGCAUCUUUCAUGAACUGCAUGAAUAAAUCAUGUUCUAUCUUUUACGCCGUUUCUCAGUCUUUGUAUAAUUCAAACAAAAAAAUACAAAAAACUCAUUUAUUGGAUUAUAUUCGCUCAUAAAUUUACUUGUUCUAGCCUUCAUAGAUACUUACUAGCUGUUAAAAAACAGAACUAAAAUAAAAAUUUUGAUCACUAGUCUAUAUCUGGAAUUUUUCUGGAAAAGUACUGGAAAAUCAGGGAAUAUCAGGGAAUUUUUUUUCGGAAUUUGAGUCGACACCCUGAUUUGUUAAGUGACAAAAUAAAAGUACAUUGAAGUAACGUUGUUUUUGUUUUUUUGCAGCAGGGAUUCACAUGCGUCGAUACGGUUAAAGAUGUUUUUUUGCCUCAACGUGUGUGGCACCCCCAUACAUCGAGCUUCUUUGUGAAUACAAGCUUCUUCAAAUGGUUAAUA